UUUAGCACGUGUGUGUUUGUGUGUGUGUGUGUGUGUGUGUGUUCUGAAAGGUUCUGCUCGGCUGAACUAGGACAUCCCAGACGGACGGGAAGGAAGGCGAGCAGGCAGCCAGCACUCUUGGCGUGGACGUACCCCUCAGUACAAGAACAAGAACAGCACAGGAGGAGGUCGCCGGCCGGUCAUGGAGGCUUUGACGGAGCGUCUGGAGCGAGCCGUGACUCGAUUGGAGCAGCUGACGGCGUCCAGAAGCCUAUCCAACGGCAACUGCGUCAACGGCAUCAAUGGAGCUGCGACUGGCUGUGUGGAGGCCUUCGAUUUUCUUCUGAAAGGUCCGCUGACAAAUUACAUGAACAUCAGCAAGACCAUCGGGAGCGACGUGGAGAAACACGCGGAGAUGGUCAAGGACGCCCUGCAGACGCAAAGGACCUUCCUCAAAAUGGCGUCCGAGCACCGGGAACCCGCACAGACGGAGCUCCAGGACCUGCUGAAGCCCAUCUCGGACCACAUCCAGGAGAUCCAGAGCUUCCGGGAGCGCAACCGUGGCAGCCAGCUCUUCAAUCACUUGUCGGCCGUCAGCGAGAGCAUCCCCGCCCUGGGCUGGGUGGCCGUGAACCAGAAGCCCGGUCCUUACGUGAAGGAGAUGAAUGACGCAGCCACCUUCUACACCAACAGAGUGCUCAAGGACUACAAGGAAACCGACCGACGUCACGUGGACUGGGUGCGCUCGUACCUUUCCAUCUGGACCGAGAUGCAGUCCUUCAUCAAGCACCACCACUCCACCGGACUGCUCUGGAGCAAGACGGGUCCCCUUGCUCCGGCCUCCCUCUUUGAAGCCCCCAUUGCUCACUGCCCACCACCUCCACCUCCUCCCCCUCCCCCCGCACCCCCAGCCGAAGACCCCCAGGCCCUUGGAUCUGCCCCGCACUCCGCGCUAUUCGCCCAGCUCAACCAGGGCUUGGACAUCACUAAAGGUCUGAAGCACGUCUCGGACCACCAGAGGACCCACAAGAACCCGCAGCUGCGCUCCCAGGAGGCACCGAGCGGGAAAGCCGGACCCAAGAAGGCAUUCCCGCUGGUGGUCCCCCAGAAGAAACCCCCUCUGCUGGAUCUGGAGGGGAAGAAAUGGAGGGUGGAGAACUUCGAGCACAAACACGACCUGACGAUCCAGGAGACGGAGCUCCGACAGGUGGUCUACGUGUUCGCCUGCAACGACGCCACGCUGCACGUCAAAGGGAAGUUGAACUCCAUCAUCGUAGAUAAUUGCACGAAGCUUGGUCUGGUGUUCGACAACGCGGUCGGAAUUGUGGAGAUCAUCAACUCCAAGGCUGUUCAGUUACAGGUGUUGGGAAGCGUCCCCACCAUCUCCAUCAAUAAAACUGAAGGCUGUCAGCUGUACCUCAGUCCGCAGUCAUUAAGCUGCCACAUCGUAAGCGCCAAAAGCUCCGAGAUGAACGUCCUCGUCCCGCAAGGAGACGACGACUACAAAGAGUUGCCGCUUCCCGAGCAGUUCAAGACCGUCUGGGACGGAUCCAAACUGGUGACAGAACCCAGCGAGAUGGCAGCUUGAUUGAUUAGCAAAUGCUAACAGUAUCAGUAGUCUACACAUGUAGCACUUUGUAUGAAUGCCAGCUAUCACUUGAUUGCGUGAAAAGCAGUUUUUACAUGCAGUUAAUGCACGUAAUAAACACAAGUCUGCUGUGUGUAGUCAAUGAGAACCUUUAAUGUACACGUAACCCAAACAAUGUCUUUUUACAAAUAAAAACUGUGUGCUUUUC